GUUUAACGAGGACCUACAUCUGAGCCUCAGUUCAGCUGCUGCAUACCUUCUCUCUCUCACUCUCUCUCACACACACACUCACCAUUUGGAGGAUUAACUAUUGUGUUUGACGGUACCGGACCGUGAAGAAGUGAAAACAUGUCUGUAAAUAUGUAACUGCGCAGUCCUCUAACAUUAGUGUUUUCCACCGGGAGAAGAAAGAUGGACUCUGUUGUGCAAAACAACCCGAAAAAGAAGAAGAAGUUGUGGCUCCACGGGCUGCUUUGGUGGUCGCUCCUGUUCGAGCUGGCGUCCGGAGCUUCCUUCUAUGGUGAUGGCUUUGUACAGCUGAAGGCAACAGAGUCGUCCGACCAUAACACGCUUCGCAUUCGCUUCCGAACCUCCAGCACCAAUGGCCUGCUGUUUCUAGCUGCUGGCCAGACGGACUACUUCCUACUAGAACUCCAUGCUGGUCGCCUCCAGCUUAAACUGGACCUUGGAUCUGGAGAGCAAGUGUUACAUUCAGAGAGAGGUACACAGCUUAACGAUCUGGCCUGGCACUCUGUGGAGAUCCGCCAUGUGCAGCACAAUGUCACUCUGACUGUAGACAAGAACUCUCACACAAGUGUAAAGAUGCCAGGCUCCCAUCAAGAUCUCAGUAUUUUGGAUGGUCUAUAUGUCGGAGGCUCAGGAGGCCUGGACAAACUUUACCUCCCCAGAAACCUGAUUGGCUUCCGAGGCUGCAUGGAUGAGGUGGUCUUCAAUGAACAUGACAUACUGUCAUCACUGAGGCCAUAUACCGGAUUCAAGAACAUCUAUGAGGUGUCUUUAGGCUGUAGUCCCCAAUUCUUUGCUACAGAGGAGGACUCUAUCAGUUUCUUCAGCUCCAGGGCUUACAUUUCUCUUCCAACCUGGAAUGCCCAACACGAAGCAGUAUUCGAGUGUGUUGUGCACACUUCAGCCAAAGAAGGAAUUAUCAUGUACAAUUCAGCCAGAGAGGGGGACUUUGUGGCUGUGGAGAUUCAGGAGGGUUUGCCAGUGGCCAUUAUUGGGAAAGGUGGAACUAAAACUGAGCUUCGUUCCCUCAUGUUCAUCAAUGACAGGAAAUGGCACUCCAUCAAGUUGCAUUUCAGUUCCAAAAACCUUGAGCUAACUGUUGAUGGAGAGAUGGUUAAAAGUAGCAUUAGCUCUCGUUCCAAGGGGUUUCAGCUUAAAGGUUAUCUUUUUGUUGGAGGUAUCGAUGACAGCACCAGAGCAGAAGUCAGAAAGGUGGGGCUUGUCUCUGUGUCUGGAAAGCGUGUCAGAGGAGGUUCCUUUAAAGGAUGUUUGAAGAACAUUGAAGUCAACAGAGUGAAGAUGGGUCUCUCAAAUGCUGUCGUCACGAAAGAUAUAUCAGUUGGUUGUGAACCAGAGAGAGAACCAGAACCAUCAACCACUGUGAGUCCAACAAGUGCUCCACAAUCCCCCUUUCACUUAAUGACAACAACACCAUCACUUCACAUGUCCACCCUUGCAAGGGGCUUGGACAGAAGGUAUGGAUCGAAUUUUGUGCAUCUCAAAAACCUUGUGGUUCCAGAAGGUGGUCGAGCAUCUCUCGAGGCCAAACACAUUAAGGUUCUUUUAGACUUCAAGAAGCUCGGCAUUCGACAGUCUCAGAUCAUGUUCCGAAUUCAGGAGCAACCUAUUCAUGGUCAAAUAAGGCUUGAUGUUGAUCCUGAUCAAGAGGAGAACACCUUCAGCAUGUUGGAUCUUUGGCAUGGACGAGCGAUGUAUAUCCAUGGAGGGUCUGAGGAACCAGAUGACUUCUUCAUGUUUUCAAUUUAUUCUAGCAGUAGAAAAGAAGUUCCUGAUUAUCUGAAGGGCAACAAAUUGUAUCGCUACAAUAUUACUGUGACACCCACCAACGAUGCACCUGAAUUGAGCCUCCCUGAAGGAAAUCUCUUUGUCCUGUUAGAGAACUCGAAGAAGCGCCUCACCACAGAUGUUCUGAAGGCCACAGACAUAGACAGCAGCUACACUGAUCUUGUUUUCUCUGUACUUGGAAACCUGAAUGCUGAUGCAGGAUAUUUGGAACUAGAAAACAAUCCUGGCAAGGCAGUGACUUCAUUCUCAUAUUUAGACUUGGAGGAACUGAGGGUGUACUAUGUGCACACAGGAGUUCGAAAUUCAAGGAUAGUCCUUAGAGUUAGCGAUGGGGAAAAGGUCAGCAACACUGUUGUUUUAAGGGUCAUGGCUGUAGCACUGGAGUAUAAGAUUGCCAACAACACAGGCCUUGCAAUCAUUCAAGGAGAAUCAGCUAUAAUUGGCACAAAGCAGCUGUCUGUGCACACUAAUGCUGUGAAACAAAUUGUAGACAUCCGGUAUGAUAUUAUUGAGCCCCCUCAGUAUGGAGAACUCCAGAGACUUCACUCAAGUGGUGAAUGGAGGCCUACUGACUCAUUUUCCCAAAGACUUCUAGAAAAAGAGCGCCUGAGAUAUGUAAGUACUUUUCAAGAACUCCAGACAUCUAAUGCCACUGAUUACUUCAAAAGCAAAGUUAAUGUGGCUGCAAGGGCAACCACUGAAAUACUCUUUCCAAUCACUGUAAAGUGGGUGAAGUACCAUCUGGUGAGGAAUAUCAUGAUAGGAAUGGAUAAAGUUAGAAAAGUGACACUAAACUCAGAUUAUCUUUUUGCCACAGCUGAAGGAGUGAACCUCUCAGAGGAUGACCUUUAUUUUCGGGUUCUCACCAUACCAAAGAAAGGGAAACUCUUGUUAGACACCACAGUCUUAGGAAAAAACUCAACUUUUAGCCAAAGAGAUGUAACAAAUCUAAAAGUAUAUUACGAGCUAGUUGACAGACCUUAUGAAGAUACAAGUGACAGGUUCAAAUUUCAGCUGGUUUCCAAACAUGCUCAGUCACAAAACUAUGAUUUCCAGUUUUCCAUUAAAGCUGAUAUCAACAGUGUGUUUAUGAGAAAUGAUGGACUCUCACUUAUGGAAGGAGAAAGUAAACUUAUUACAAAAGAUGAGCUGUUUGCACAGACUUUGGGUACAAAGGAAAUGUACUACACAGUUAUAAGCAGCCCCAAACAUGGAAAGCUUGCCCGUAUUAGUCAGUCAAAUUCCAAUGCAAGCUACAACAACAUCUUAACCUUUACUAAUCAGGAUAUAUUACAGGAACGGAUUAUAUAUAUCCAUGAUGACAGUGAAACAACUGAAGACAAGUUUACUUUCAUAGCCUCCACCAGCCAAGGGUUCAAAUCUUCCAUUGCAGAAAAUGAAAUUGGCACCAAACAAGGAGUGUUCAACAUUUCUAUUCAGCUAUUGAAUGACCAAAAGCCGGUACGUGUUAUUGAUAAAGUUUUCCAAGUAGUAAGGGAUGGACAGAAGUUACUCACUAUAGAGGAUUUGCGUUAUCAUGAUGCAGACUCUGAUUUUGAUGAUGGCCAGCUGAUGUACACUCGACGUGGAAUCCCGAUGGGAGACCUAGUGCUGGUUAAUGACACCACUCAUCGCCUGAUCAACUUUCAACAGAAGGAUUUGGAAGAAAAGCGAGUGUUGUUCAUCCACAAAGGUGUGAGCACUGGGCGGUUUGUGCUCUUUGUCUCGGAUGGAAAGCAUUUCAUAUCAAGCCUUUUAGAUAUAAGUGCACAUGACCCAUUCUUGAAGGUUGGCAACAACACUGGCCUGCUGGUUCAGAAAGGCCAUUCAGUAAUAUUUUCCACCAAUAAUUUCAGUGUCGUAUCAAAUUUGGACAUCAGAGAUGAUCAGGAGGUCAUCUUCCAGUUAGAUGAGGCUCCCAAGUAUGGAGGACUUUAUCGUAAUGAAAUAAAGGUGGAUUCAUUUUCACAGUUUGACUUAAAGAGUGGGCUGAUCUCAUAUCAGCAUGAUGACAGCAAGCAUCUGGCAGACUAUUUCAAUUUGACAGUGAAAGCUAAAGAUCUUCGACUUGCAGCGAGUAUUAAUGUGAAGGUUUUCCUGGAAAGUCAUCAGAGGCCACCCAUCGUGCAGCAUCACAACAUUUUACUGGUGGAAGAGGGAAAACCAGUCAAGAUUGACGAAACUAAACUAGAGGUCACUCACGAGGACAACCUGCCAUCAGAUAUUGUAUUCACAGUCAAGGUAGCCCCGUUGUAUGGCUUUCUCCGGCGUUUUGUCAAGGAGCGCUACAUCGGAACCAAACAGUCUCCUGUCAAGACAUUUACCCAAGAGGACAUUAACAGUGGGAACAUCCAGUACAUGCAGGUGGAGUCCAGCAAAGUCAACGACACUUUCAUCCUCGAUGCCACCAACGGGGUCACUGAUGUCAGCGACAUUAGGAUGUCUGUUGACAUUAUCCCACGCCUCAUCCCACUUCAAGUCUCCAAUAUCACACUGAACGAGGGCGCCUCUAAGUCACUGACCCAGGAUGUGCUCAAAGUCACAAACCGACACUUUUCUGGUAUCAACUUUCUGUAUAGUUUGACCGAGCCCCCGCAGCAUGGUCACGUUGAGCAUUCCCGACACCCUGGUGUGCCCAUAACCUCUUUCACCAGGAGGCAGGUGGAACACGAAUUCAUUUACUAUGUCCAUGACAGCAGCGAAACCUUAGAUGACAACUUCACUGUGGUGGUCAAUGACACAGGCCUGAGGAAGCAGAGUGCAGCCCAGACGGUGUACAUCCAGGUUACAGCUGUCAACGAUGAGCCUCCUGUUAUUACAGCCAACAGGGUCCUCAGGGUUUGGGUGUCCUCGGUGACAGAGAUCAGGCCAGAGGAUCUGAGAGUGCAUGACAUGGAUUCACCCCCAGAGGAACUACACUUCAUGGUGACCCCACCGAGCAAUGGACAUCUGGCUCUGAAGAGUGCCCCCAUGAAGGCGGUACUUAACUUCACUCAGGCACACAUAGACCAAGGACAGCUACUGUUUGUUCACAAAGGUGCCAUGUCCGGAGGAUUCAACUUCCAAGUCAACGAUGGCGUGAACUUCACUCCCAGGCAGAUCUUCAGCAUCACUGCCAGAGCUUUAGUUCUCAGUCUAGAGAAAAAACGUCCACUCAUGGUGUUUCCAGGCUCUUCUACACCAAUCACAAAUGAGGAUUUACAAGUAGUGACCAACGAUGUCACCAACACCACAAACCGGAUCAUUACAUUCAGUGUGAUUCGUCAUCCCAAACUGGGGCGUCUAGUGAUGAAGCAGCCUGAUAAUUCAACAGUGGACAUCUCCACUUUCACACAAGACAUGGUGGACAGGAAAGAGGUUCUGUACAUUCAAACGCCUAUCGAAUCAGUGGGCUGGGAAGCCAUGGACUCCAUAACCUUCUCUGUGACAUCACCGCCUACUUCUCUGGAUGGCCAAACCUUCAAAAUAGAUAUUUCCUAUGAGAAUACUGGACCUGAACACAACACAGUCCUGCUUGCAAACACAGGUGCUGAGGUAACAGAAGGGGAAAGUGUCGUCAUUGAUGAAUCCAAGCUGGACGCCACAAACCUCAUGUCCAAGCUGCCAACACCUCAGCGGAGUUUGCAUGAGGUCUGGUUCCAGGUGACAUCUCUGCCUCAGCAUGGUGUCAUAGUAGUGGGUGAGAGAAACCUCACCAAGGAGAAACCAAACUUCUCCCAGUUCAUCAUUAACAAAUACGGUAUCACCUACAAGCACGACAAUUCAGAGACAACUCACGAUUCUUUUGUAUUCAGUGCAUGGAUAAAUCCUAAAGGCAAAACAGCGCAGCAGCCUCAAGAUGACAAUGAUGUUGUUGAGGAGCGUUUUAACAUUACAAUAACACCUGUAAAUGAUCAGCCACCUUUGCUAAAAACAAAAUCUCCAAGUCUGAGGGUAGUACAAGGAGAUACUGUAGCACUCAGGCCUGAUAAUCUCAAAGUUGAAGACUUGGACAAUCCCCCUGAUGAUAUUAAGUUCUCUGUGAUUAGUAAGCCAAACAAUGGUUACCUUGCACUUGAAGGAAGUUUGAAUGAGUCGAUAGCGGCCUUCAGCCAAGCCCAAAUCAAUAAAGGAAGCGUUUAUUUCAUUCAUGAUGGAAGCUCUGCAUCAGGGGUGUUCUACUUCAGUGUCACAGAUGGCCAUCAUAAACCAAUAUAUAAACUCUUUAACUUAGAAGUCACAGAAAUCACCAUUACUCUUGUCAACUACACUGGAUUGACACUGGAGCAAGGCCAGACUUCAGUUUCACUGACCCAGGACAACCUUGCUGCUGAGUCCAAUGGGAAAAACAUCACCAUUCACUACCAGGUUACAAAGCCUCCAAACUUUGGUAAACUUCUGAAGGACAACCAAGAGGUUAAACAGUUCGAACAGGAGGAUCUACAGUCUGGAAGGCUGUCCUACCAUAUGAUCUCCCUCUCCUCUGCAGAAGACAGCUUUGAGUUCACUGCCUUUACUUCAGAGGCAAAUCUGACUGGCCAAGUGUUUAACAUAACUGUCAGACCUUUGAUCCAGGUUGGUAAAGGUUUGAGAAUUCCCAAUGGGAUUGUUGUCAAACUCAACACUAGUUUUCUUAACGCCUUUGAACUGGCUAAUAUUAGUAAUAGUGAUCCUGUAUUUGAAAUCAUCUCCCAUCCUAAGUAUGGGAAGGUGGUUCGGGCAAAACCUAAAAUGUCAAGGAAGUCUGUGGCUGAGUCAUUCACCUUUCAAGAGGUGAUGCAGGAGAAGGUAGCAUUGGAGCUGAAUGCCAACAUGACUGGAGUUCAGGAGCUAAAUGACUCACUGGUGUUUUUACUGAAAACUGAUAACAUUCAACCUGCUAAAGCAGAGUUCCACUUUACAAUCGUGCCAUAUGAUCCAGCACUUGUUCCAACCACAAAAAGACCUGACCCAACCACAUCGUCUGCUCCUCAGACACCAAUACAAACUUCCAGAAAUGGAACCGCUUUACCAGUCCUGUCUACGGCUUUCUUCUCCACCCAGCAACCAAGCAAAAGCCAGCAUAAGUUCAAAGGACGCAACCGCUGGGGAAACUCCAACAGAACUAGCAUUUUCAGUACGACUCUAGGCAAACCAACUCAUGUAACAGAUGAUUUUCCCUUCAGGAACACACCCGUUCGUGUAGAGUCCUACCCUCAGAAAACCUCCAAUCCACUCCUGGUUAUCUUACCACUGCUGGCCCUGCUGCUGCUUGUUAUCAUCUUUGUAGUUCUGGUUGUCUUUCUUCGACACCACAGGCAAAGAAAGCAGAGCACUGCUACAUCAAAGGAACCGGCUUCCACUGGUCUUCCAAACAGUCAAUCCCACCAGGGUGAAACCCACAGGAGCACAACAGUUCCCACAGUGACUGUCACUCCAAUAAACCACGCCUGCCCAGGUAGCCCUGUUUUUGAUCGGUUAAUGACACUAAAUCAGGGCUCAGCUUAUAACACUAUUGAUUCAAACAUGCUGAUAAGUUCUUGGAGUAACAGUUCCCCUGCGUCAUCUUCCCAAAUUAUUCAAACCACCACUCCCACUCUGCAGAAGAACCAAUACUGGGUAUGAUCUUACACAAACCUGUAGCUAUAAGUGUUGGAGAAUAAGGUUACAGAUUUAAAAUGCUGUUGUGUACUUAAAUUACACUAUAAUGACUUACUACUUGUUGCAGGUUAUCAAAAGCUUAAAUCUGCAUUAAUCAAUAUUAUUGUAUUAAUACUGAAUCAAAUUACAGUAUUGUGUUUAAGGUUUCUUUCUUAGUGACAAACCCAGAAUUAUUGCCCAACUCUGCAGCUUUGUGUGUUUUUGCAUCUUUUUGCUCAUUAUUUCGUUUUUUUACGAUACAUUACUGCAUGACUCAGUUUCAACACUCUCAUGCUCAUGAGUCGAGGCAGCAAGAGGCAUCAAACACCUAAUGGCAACUAGGCAAAGUUAGCAACUAGAUAAGAAAGAAAAUUAAAACAUUUAGCGAGCUAAAGGACAAGAUUUUUUGUAAAGAUCACCAUAUGGCUGGAUGUGUAAUCAGGCAUUUGUUAGUUAACAACUUUAGAAAAUAACAGCGUUAUAUGGCCCUAAUACCACAUGUCCAUAUGGCUUUUUUGAGUCCUUGUUCCCCCUAGUGACCAAAUUGAUUGAUUCAUGCAGCUUUAAGAAUGGAUGAAGAAGAAAACCACUACAGCCAAAGUCGUUUGCAAUACAUUAAUCAGUGUCAAGACAGUUUUGGAUUGAAAGGCUGGUUUGCAAUCCAACACCAACCACUGCUGUAUAUUAAGUUGGUGGGGCAGAUUGUGUUCGCUUGAGCAUUUACAAAGCAGUCAUCAUUGUGGUAAAUUGUAACCUAUGUUUGGUGCCUAAUGUACUGUAUGUUUAAUCGCUCACAAUGUUAUCUCGUCCUCAUGCACGUUAAAGUCUUCCAUUAUAAGUUCUGAUUAUCAGAAUGGAAGAGGAUGCUAAUGACAGCUUGAAACUGUGAAUUACUAAGACUGACACAGACAUAAAAAUGUCUUCUCUAAGCAUUUCAAUUGAUUGUCCAGAUUUUAUAUUGUUGUUAUGUCUUAUAUAUUAUAGUAUAGAAACUUUUUGUAAACUCAGGUAUUUUGUUUAAAGUCAUUUAAUUCACAUUACUGUUAAUGAGGGUUGCAUGUAUCAUUGAUGUCUUUGUUAAACAUUACAGGACUGAAUAUUAUAAAAAUUAAAUAAUUAACUAAAAUUGACAGAUUAGUCAUAAAUGCAUAAAUGUAUGGCUGUAUAUUGAAAUGGGACAUGGAAAUGGCUGAUUUAGUACCACUAUUACAACUACUGUGUUUUUUUUGUUUUCUUUUAUAGCCCUGAUUGAAUCACACUGGUUAAAAUGUUUAUUUUAAUAUGUUGUUUUUUAUUUUAUUUUACUGUGCACAGUAUUUAUAUACUUUACACAAAAAUCAUGCAUGAAAAAUCAAGGCACUGAUUUUAAAAAUGACACAAAUCUACACUGUAUUCUACCCACCUUCACCUCAGUGAUUAAAACUCAGUAGGUAUAUUCUGUAAUCUAUUUAUAAGUCCCCCUACAGUUGAAUAGAUUUGUGGGGCCGCCUACGAGAUUGAGCAGCUAACCCUAAAGUGAUUUUAUUAGUCUGAGACCAUGAAUGACCUUCUUCUAUUGAUUAUUUAACACUCUAACUUGUGUCAUCACAUUCUUUACAUUAUCUACUGUAUGCCUUGGUUGUUGGACACUGUAAUAAUGUAUGUACUGUAAAUUAAAGGUACUGUUCUGAUAUGUUCUGGCAAUGGGAGAUCAGAUAUUGCUAUCGCAGAAAACUACUGUAAACUUAUAUGUUAGGAAAUAAUUUUGUACUGAAAAAUCUGUCCAGUGUAUUCCAGUCUCAUCCGAAUGAUGUAACCCAAAGUGUCAUAUUUAUUUAUACCAUAUUUUUAAUAAACCACUUUAAAAUGUUU